CAACACUGUUGUCUCAGUGUAUCGGUGGGAAAAACAAUAAAUGGCGGGAUUUCGAGAUAGGUAUUUCCGGUUAUUUUCGUUCAUCCAUCCCAUAACGUGUUUCCGUGAUUAAAAAACCAAAAUAUCUCUCAAUUUUCGUUUGAACCCGGCGUAAUUCAGUAAUCAGGUCGAAUACAAGGUCGAAAGAUUAAAAUACACAUUAGACUAAUAAACAUUCUAGGCUAUAUAUUGCCGGUACAACAGUCCGUGAAUUCCUUGCAAUUGAGUCAUUGGAUUAAAGUAGCACGUGCGAACGCGAUGAAAACUCGUCAUGUGGGGAAUAUUACGUAACUUGAAAAUAAAAACAGUUGUACUUCUAAUGAUAAUCAUAGUUUUAACAUCAAUAAUAAUUGUCUUUCAUCCGAUUCAGAUAUUUUAUGGAGAUGAUUCAUCAUCAGAAGUUCCUAUUUUAAUAUGGUGGACAUCUUUUAUGCCUAAUUUUGAUAGAAUUAUAAAAUGCGAGGAGGAAAAGUAUACGUGUUUGAUAUCUAGUGAUAAAUCAUUGAACAAUAAAAUAGCUGCAUUCCUGUUUUACGGAAGCCACAUCGAAAAUCAUGAAUUUCCAUCACCUACUACGAAUGCACUCUGGGCAAUUUUUCAUGAAGAAUCGCCCAAAAAUUAUGCCCCAUUUUUAUACCAGGAAACCCAGGACUUAUUCAACAUAACUUCUACCUUCAGCAGAUAUAGUGAUUUUCCUGUAACUCUGCAAUAUUUAGAAAAUCUCAGUCUACUGACAAGUAGAAAAUAUUUUUUAGCACUAAAUGAGAAAAAUAUACGAUUGCAGAAUCUUUCUCCAAUCUUAUAUGUGCAGUCAGAUUGUGAUACUCCUAUUGGUAGAGAUUAUCUAGUGAAUGAGUUAUCCAAAUAUAUAAAAAUCGAUAGUUAUGGAAAAUGUUUGAAAAAUAAGGAGUUUCCAAAAGAGAUGAAUGAAGUAGAUCCUUUGAACCUAUUCGACGAAAAAUAUAUGCAUUUCAUGGCCCAGUAUAAGUUCAUUAUUUCAUUCGAAAAUGCAAUAUGUGAGGAUUAUAUUACAGAAAAACUGUGGAGACCCCUUAUCGUUGGGUCUAUACCAAUUUAUUUUGGCUCGCCUACCAUAGAAGAUUGGCUUCCAAAUAAAAAUUCCGCGAUUUUAGCGAAAAACUUUGAAGACAUGCAAAGUCUAGCAAAAUUCAUUGAGGUCAUCAAUCAAAACAACACUUUGUAUAAUAGUUUUCUGGAACAUAAACUGCACUCUAGAAUCUCAAAUGAUUUUAUUAGGGACAAUAUAUUGGACCAACAUCCUGUAUCUGAAUUCGAAUGUUUUGUUUGUAAGAAAAUUCACCAAAAAGAUUAUAGUUUCGGUGGCAAGAAAAAGAAUGUUUACGAUUGUUUGAAACCAACAGCAAGAAAAAAUGAGGAGAAUACUUGGGAUCAACAUUGGGAAAUCGGAAAAUGCCAGUCCAAAGCACUACAAAUUUUGAGAAAUCAAGGUAAAUCAUAUUCACAAAAAAUAUUUCAAGGAACCUGGAA